UACCUGUGAUUGAAGUGUCCAGUAAGCACCCACUGUGCAGGCACUGCUGCACCCUUCUCUGUUCCGCUCCGACAGCCAAGACGCUUGCUGCACCCCUGUCUGCCUUUCCCUAAAAUGGACAGCUUGGUCUACCUUCUCCUCUUCUUUUUGUGCCAGUACAAGUUGCAAGCCCUGAAGGAGAAUCACAACAUUCCAGUUCUGGAGUUCACGUCGGAGACCGUCAUUAACAAUGUGGUCCAGGACCCCCAGACAGGCCGCAUUUACCUGGGAGCAGUCAAUGCAAUCUUCCAACUUGGGCCGACUCUCCACCUUGAAGCUCGCGUUGAGACCGGCCCCAAAGUAGAUGCCCGUACCUGCACACCUCCAGCUUCAGCCUGCCAGAAGACUAUGUUCAUGGAUAACCUCAACAAGCUUCUGCUCAUCCACCCAUCCAAUGGCUCCCUCAUAGUCUGCGGCAGUCGCUACAGAGGCAUUUGCUCCCUUCUCAACCUUUCAAAUGUGGAGCAGCAGCUGUAUUACAGUGACAGUAAAGGAGAGAGGACUUAUGUUGCCAGCAUAGAGGACAAUGUUAAUGUAGUAGGAGUAGUGUCUACAUAUGAAAAAGAUGGACACACCUUUGACGUGUUUCUGGUUGGCAAGGGCUAUGGAGAACUGGACAGUACGAAACUCAUCAGCACACGAAUUCUUCAGGACUACAAGGAAUGGGUCGUGUUUGAGAGCAUCAUUGAAGCUUCUGCAGUACAGACGACACCAUUUGCUCCCAAGUACCUGCAUGUCUUCCGGUAUGCCUUCAAAGACAAUGGCUUUGUUUAUUUCCUUUUUUCACGGACACUUGAUGGUACGGAUAUUAAAAACCUAACCUUUGUUUCCCGUCUUUGUGAAAACGAUCCCCAUUACUAUUCCCACACCGAGCUGCAGUUAAACUGUGGACCAAAUAACCAGUACAACAAAGUCCAAGCUGCUUUUGUGGCUUCUCCAGGCAAAGAACUGGCUCGGGCCAUGACUGAAUCAGGUUUGUACGGGAAAGUAGUCCCAUGGAAUAAAGUCCUGUUUAUGGUGGCCAGUUCAGAUGAGGAUGAACAUAAAUCUGGUCUCUGCAUGUAUCCCCUUAACUUCAUCAAUGAGAAGCUGGUGGAUAUCAUCACCGCUUGUUACAGUGACUCUGGAAAGAUUUCAGGAGAUUCUGCGGUGGACGUCCCCUACUCAUCAUUCAAAACAGAUGUUUGCUCAUCAAAAAUGGCAAAGGACAUGUUGGAAAACUACAAAUGUGGUGCAGAAUUUCUGGCUUCCCCUCUGACAAGCAAACCAAAAUUUGCCUUAAAGGCAAAUGCAGUGUGGAGCACAUCAAGCCUUCUGACCUCUGUGGCUGUUGCUGUGGAAAAUGAUCAUACCAUUGCCUUCUUGGGCAAUAACCAGGGAGAGGUCUUCAAGGUACACCUGAACACAGAGGCAGACGAGUACAGCAAGGCUCCUGGUGACACCUUUGGGGAGAAGGUCAACAAGAACCUGUUUUUUGAUCUUGCUCACAGCCACCUCUAUAUUACCACAGAGAAAAAGAUCACCAAAGUGCCGGUGCAGACGUGCCUCCAAAAGACAGACUGCCAGUCCUGCGUGGCACUGAGGGAUCCUUACUGUGGCUGGUGUGUCCUGGAGGGCAGGUGCACCAGAAGGUCUGAGUGCCGGCGGGCAGAGGAGAAGAACGGCUGGCUGUGGAGCCCCAAGCAGCAGUGUGUUAAGAUCGUAUCUUUCUAUCCCUCAAACCUUUCUUGCAAAAAGACAGACAAGUUACAGAUCAACAUUCCAUCUCUUCCUGCAAUCGGACCUUCUGACCAUCUUCAAUGCAACAUUGAUUCGUUUCGCAGUGAAGGCACCAUGCUGGACUCCAGUCAGGUCUCCUGUUCUCUACCACCACCCCACCAUAUACCACAGACACCCGAGGACCAAGUUCUCCUAUGAUAAGUCGUCAGAGACCAAUGUUCUGUUUUACGUGAAGGACAAGGAGACUGGCAAGAAGAUGGACAGUGCACUGAACGUCACCCUGUACAAUUGCUCCAUGGGGAGGGAAGACUGUAGUCUCUGCAAGUACGCUGACCUGAAGUACAGGUGUGUGUGGUGCAGCAAGCAGAAGGCGUGCGUAUACGAGAAGCUCUGUGCUCAACAGCAGGGGGAUCCCCACAUCACUGAGUGCCCCAACCCGCAGAUCACUGAUAUCAUCCCCCGUUACGGCCCCAUGCAAGGAGGCAUCUCCAUUACCAUACGUGGCUCCAACCUUGGCAUUCAUAAGGAGGACAUUAAAAGCAUCACAGUGGUAGGAGAGCCCUGCAGACACCGAGAGGACAAGUAUGCUGUCUCCACCAGGACCCAAUUCUAGAUGGAGUGAAGCCAACCAAAGGUCCCAAAGCCGGGGGCACACUCAUCACUAUUUCAGGAAAAUUUUUGGACACCGGCAAUAAGGAGGAUGUCCAGGUUAACAUUGGAGGCGUGGACUGUGCUGUGGAGAACUUCGGAGAAGUGAUUACCUGCAGGACUGGUGAAUACCGAGCAGAUAAGGUGCCUUCUGACCUUCUCCCUGUCACAAUUCGCUAUGGGAAGAGUACCACAAAAACCAUCGCAGAUGAUGCCUUCCAGUUCAUGGAAAACCCAACUGUACUGGAUCAUCAGCCUAAAGGAAGCUUUGUCUGUGGAGGGAGGAACAUUGUGAUAACUGGCUCUGGAUUUGACCUCAUUCAGACUGCGAUCAUGAACGUCCUGGUAGACAACUCAUCUGCUGUUGAGUACGCCCAUGCGAAGAGCGACACAGUCAUCCAGUUUAAUUCUCCAACAAUAAAUGUCUCUGUGAGCCAGCAUGUCAGCACCUUUAUCCUGCUGGACAACUGGAGAAAGGAGCUCAAGCCUUUCGAUUACCACCCUGACCCCAGCUUCAACGAACUGACCAAGACCGUCUUCACUGAGACCAGCAUCAUCAGCGUAACUGGUCGAGGUUUCUCCAGAGCAAUGACUGCCAGAGAGGCUCAAGCGUUUGUCGGUGACGUUCAGUGUCUGGUCAACACACUUCAGGAUGACAAACUGUUCUUGGACCCACCUUCCACUUCGCCGCGCGCGCGCUCCAGACGGCAGCGUCGAGACACCCGGCCCGAGCUGCUGGACCUGAUGAUCAAGUUUGGAAAAGGAGAGUGGGUGGUGGGCUCAGUGCAGUACGAAAAGAAGAAUGAUUUGUCCCUGUACAUCAUCAUCCCUGCCGUGAUCGUGCCCAUGCUGCUCAUCAUCAUCAUUUCUGUCUACUGCUACAGGAGAAAGAGUCAGCAGGCAGAAAGGGAAUAUGAGAAAGUGAAACACCAGCUUGACAACCUGGAGGAAAGUGUACGAGAACGCUGCAAGAAAGAAUUCACAGACUUGAUGAUUGAGAUGGAGGACCACACGAAUGACGUGAGUGAGGGACGAAUCCCCUUUCUGGACUACAAGACUUACACAGACAGGGUGUUCUUCCUGCCCUCCAAGGAUGGUGCCAACGAUGUGAUGAUCACAGGGAAGCUGGACAUCCCAGAGGCUCGAAAAGCCACAGUGACACAAGCGCUCAACCAGUUCUCCAACCUGCUGAACUCCAAGACAUUCCUCAUAAAUUUUAUUCGUACCCUGGAGCACAGUAACGACUUUAACGCCAGGGCCAAAGUGUACUUUGCCUCCCUGCUGACAGUGGCUCUGCACGGGAAGCUGGAAUACUACACUGACAUUAUGAGAACCCUGUUGCUGGAACUGAUGGAGGAAUAUGUCCACAGCAAGAACCCCAAACUGAUGCUGCGCAGGUCAGAGACUGUGGUGGAAAGAAUGCUGUGUAACUGGAUGUCAAUCUGCCUUUACCAGUUUUUGAAGGACUCUGCUGGCGAGCCCUUGUACAAACUGUUCCGGGCAAUCAAGCACCAGAUUGAAAAAGGGCCCGUGGACGUGAGAGUGAAGAAAGCCAAAUACACCCUGAACGACACGGGCCUGUUGGGCGAUGAUGUCGAAUACUCCGUCUUGACCCUGCAAGUGCUGGUUCAAGGCGAGGGUCCAGAUGUGACGCCCGUCAAGGUGCUGAACUGUGACACCGUCUCACAAGUAAAAGAGAAGAUCAUCGAGCAAGUGUACAGAAAUGUACCUUACUCCCAGCGGCCCAAGGUUGACAGCGUCACACUGGAGUGGCGCCCUGGCUCAACGGGGCAGAUUUUAUCAGAUCUCGACUUGACCUCCCAGAAAGAAGGCAGGUGGAGGCGCAUCAACACCCUGGCACAUUACAAUGUGCGAGAUAAUGCCAUAUUAGUUUUGUCCCGGGUCGUACAUACGCAGCAGAGCUAUGAUCAAAACCAGGAAAAUCACGAAGAGCGAAAUGCUCUGUUGGAUGAUGAUAAAGUGUUUCACUUGGUGAGGCCAGCAUACGAACUGGAUGAGCUCAAAUCUAAACGAGGAAGUAUAAAGGACAAGUCGAUGACCAAAGCCAUUACGGAGAUCUAUUUAACACGGCUACUUUCUGUCAAGGGAACACUCCAGCAGUUUGUAGACGACUUUUUCCGCAGUGUGCUGUGCUCUGGAGCAGUGGUCCCACCAGCUGUCAAAUAUUUCUUUGACUUUCUGGACGAGCAAGCGCUGAAACAGUGUGUGGACGAGGAGACCGUCCAUAUCUGGAAGACUAAUAGCCUUCCUUUGAGAUUCUGGGUCAACAUCCUUAAAAAUCCCCACUUCAUCUUUGAUGUCCAUGUGUCCGAAGUGGUGGACGCUUCACUGUCCGUCAUCGCCCAGACCUUCAUGGAUGCUUGCACCAAGAGCGAGCACAAACUCAGCCGGGACUCUCCUAGUAACAAACUACUCUAUGCAAAGGAGAUAUCCACCUAUAAGAAGAUGGUGGAUGACUAUUACAAGGGCAUCAGGCAGAUGGUCUCCGUCAGUGAUCAGGACAUGAACACUCAUUUGGCGGAAGUGUCACGGUCUCACACAGACAAACUGAACACACAAGUGGCUCUCCAUCAGCUUUACCAGUACGCCAGCAAAUACUAUGAUGGGAUCAUCGCCUCUCUGGAUGAGGAUCCAGCUGCGCAGAGUAAACAGCUGACCCUGCGGCUGCAGCAGAUUGCAGCUGCCCUGGAAAACAAAGUGACUGAUCUCUAACCCACUGAAGCAAAGGAGAAGAGGGAUAUUGCCAGUGACUACAGGGGCUUAUUUCUUUUCUGUGCAUAAAUGAUGGAAAUAAGAAAUUUAAGAGGGGACUCUUUUUGUGUCUAUGUUGUACGGCUUGGCCCUGAAGUAGCUUUGGUUCUGUGAGUACCGGGGACUAACUAAAUGCACACAGGAAGAAAUGAUGGGUGGUUCUGUCAUAGGUACGCCUUAAAUCUCACUUGCCAAAACUCAACUGUCUGAACCCUCUCUCAUGCUUCACCACGCACUGCUCCACAGUGCAGCAUGAGACCUCUCUCUGAGAAGUAAGCCCCUCUGUGAAGCACUGGUUUGACAGAUAAUCACAUGUUGAAUUUCUCUGUGUCAAAAAAGGUUUAAAGAGUUGUAUUAUAUAUUUUUUUUAAUCGUGCAGUCUUUAUUCAGAAAGCU